AUGAUCCAUAAACUACUUUCCCUCCUCUGCUUCAGGCUGUGUGUUGGCCAAAAGGACAUAAAAGAUGGGUCACUGCCCAAACCCUCCCUCAGUGCCUGGCCCAGCUCGGUGGUGCCUGCCAAGAGCCAUGUGAUUCUGAGAUGCUCGACUCCUACCAGCGAUGUAAACUGUGUUCUCAGAAAGGGAGGAAUUGUUUUGGAGUCCCUGAAGGAACUGGAUUCUGCAGAAGGUCUGGCUGAAUUUCAUCUCACUGACCUACAACAGAGUGAUGCUGGAGAGUACACAUGUGAAUGCUACAGAAAAGGGCUCCCCAACACAGUGUCACAGCGCAGUGAUGUCCUUCUACUGUUGGUUACCGGACAUUUACCUAAACCAUCUCUCCAAGCCUACCAAAGGGGUAAGAUCACCGCAGGAGAAGAGGUGACUCUGCAGUGUCAGAAGCCAGACAACUUGAUUGUGCCUACAAUGGUUGCUCUACUGAAGGCAGGAACUUCAUCACCCAUACAGCUUCAGAGGCCAACAGGGAAGGAGACUGAUUUCUCUCUUCAAGGUGUGACAGUCAAUGACACUGGGGAAUACAGCUGUGUGUACUACCUGGCAAGGGCUCCUUUCUGGGCCUCACACCCCAGUAAUCACCUUGAGAUCUUGGUGACAGUUUCCCCAGGCAGCACGUUGAGUGAUUAUACCAAGGGUAACCUCAUCCGACUGGGUCUGGCUGCCAUAAUUAUGAUUAUGAUAGGAGUCUUUCUGAUUGAAGCCUGGCACAGCCAGAAGGAGUCUCCGAGCGAAUCCAGGGUUGCCCAGGGGGCUUCCAGCAGCAGCCUGGUUGUGGCUGGGCUAGAUGCGGACUUUGGGGGGACAUGGCUGAGGCCCUCAGCUGCUGCCCCCACUUCUGGAGACUGGGGCACUUCCAGCAGUGUCCUGGUGGUUGUUACUGGGCUGGGCCCUCAGUCCCCCACUGCCCCGCUCUGGAGCCUGGGCUGCUUCCAGUCCUUCUAG